AAAUUUCUGUUAAAAUACUCCUAAUAAAAUACUAGCUGGCUACUUCCGGACGGCCUAAGCGGCUGUCUUGCAGCGCCGUAUUCGACCGCCCUUUCUCCGAGACUCCGAUUGCGCCGUUGAUUUUUGCACUGGUCACACAGGUCUCCGUGACUGAAGUCGGAAGUCAUGGGCGGCGGAAAUGGAGGCAGGCGGAGGCCCGGCAAGGGUAACUCUACUCACGGCGGCACAGCAACCCGUGGUAAAGCCGUUGUCUCCGCUGACCUAACUUCUUUUAUUCAUCAAGGAUCUACAACAAAAACUGGAAGUAGCACGAAGAACGAGUCCCACUUUCAUGGGAAGGCUUUCAGAUACACUUACCCUGAAGUUAGCGCGACUGUUGGUGCUGGCGAAGAGACCAUCGUUGCUCCCUUCGUUGGUCGGGAUUCUCAAGGCGAUCAGUUGGUCGAUGUUCCUUCCUAUGAGUACGAUAAUUCAAUCGUUGGCGGCGUGGGACUGGGGUAUGUUGGUGAAGGAGUGGAUGAGGGGGAAGCUAUGGCUGUAAAAUCCGACGAGGGAGAUGAGAUGGAUUGCUUGGAUUCCUAUUCGACACCGGUGAUUAAAAAAGACAGCUUUUUGAUGAUUGGAGGUGUGAGAGUUUACACUGAGGAUACUUCGUCUUCAGAAGAUGGAGAAGACGGAGUCGACGAUGAUGGCAAGAGUAGCGAUUCAUGUGCGGGAAGAAUCUCUUGUUCGGAUGAGUCAAACUCUUCUGACGCCGAAGAGCAAGAUGAUGAUUCAUCGGAUGGUUCUUCAUAUGUGGAUUCUGAUUCUGAUAUUGACGACGAAUUGGCAGAAGAUUACUUGGAAGGCGUCGGAGGUAGUUUGGAGCUGCUUAACGCGCAGUGGCUGACGGCAGCUAGCUUGGAUGAGUCUGCUAAGGAUGGUUUGAUAAGAAGUGAUGGUAGGGCCAAAGAAGGAGGUGGGAGUAAGCUUGGGGCAAAUGCUUUGAUGAAUGCCUCGAUGGAAUAUGGCAUGAAGAAGCCAAGUUCCAGGAAGGUUAAAGGUAUAAGGCCUCGUCAAUUUGGCUCGCCCAUUGUGGACAUUGAUGUCUCAGGAUUGGAAGACUUCUUGUUUGUGAAGGAUUCUAGAACAGCUGCAGGGAGGGGGAAACAUAAACGGCAGCUGUCUCAACUUUCUCGAUCGUGGCCUGUUGAGGCUCGGAAAAGCAGAAAGUAUGAUAAAUUUCCAGGAGGGAAAAAGAAGCACGGUAAAGAACUCAUUGCCAUGAAACGUAGACAGCGUAUGAUCAAUCGUGGUGUUGACCUAGAACAAAUAAAUAAGAAAUUGAAAGAGAUGGUUGUUAAUGAUAUUGAUGUGUUCUCAUUUCAACCAAUGCAUUCCCGUGAUUGCUCUCAGGUUCAACGAUUAGCAUCAAUUUAUGCAUUACGGAGUGGCUGCCAAGGUUCAGGCAAGAAGAGAUUUGUGACAGUGACGAGGACCGAGGGAACAUGCUUGCCAUCUUCGAAAGAUAAGGAUCGCUUGGAUAAGCUUCUUCAAGUUGGCAUUGAGGAUGAAGAUUUUGCUGUUUGUUCUGGCAAAAUGCCCAAAGAUAAAACUAAAGAACAUAGUCGAUUUAGUACCACUCAAGGAUCUAAGCCAAAAUCGAAGUCUCAUAAUAGUGCACCUAGUAAGCUGGCAAAGGGCAACAAUAUCAGCUGCAAGAAGAAACAAACUGCAAGACAGAGUUAUGCUGAAAAACCUGUAUCAUUUGUUUCAUGUGGAAUCAUGCAGGUUGAUUCCGCCAUGGAUUCAACUGAAAGUAAGCCAUUGGUAGAAGUUGCUGAAACCAGUUCUUCAACGCUCGGCGCAUUUGAGGUACACACCAAGGGUUUCGGAUCCAAAAUGUUAGCGAAAAUGGGGUUUAUUGAAGGCGGUGGCUUAGGCAAGAGUGGCCAGGGAAUGGUAAAUCCAAUUGAAGCUAUAAAAAGACCGAAAUCACUGGGCUUAGGUGUUGAAAUGACGGAGGAAGAAGUGAGGGUGGAGAAGUUUGGGGAAAUUGGUGCAUUUGAGAGACACACCAAGGGGUUUGGAUCAAGGAUGAUGGUGAAAAUGGGUUUCAUUCCAGGUUCUGGAUUGGGGAAGGAUUCACGGGGUAUGACUAGCCCAUUGACGGCUGUCCGGCGGCCGAAGUCCCGGGGACUGGGUGCUACCUAGGUUGUCAGAAUGUACUACUUAUUGGAGCAGUAUUUCAUAGAAGAUAUGUGCAUUUUUAUUUGAUAAUGUCUUCAUAUUGAAUAUGGAGGGGGUUGGUUGAUCUGGUUACUUGGCUAUAUGUUAUCCAGUUAAUUGCAACUAUAUGUUAGGCUUAGGUUUCAUUGUAAUUUUAGAGCCAGAUUGGGAUCAAUUUAUCUUUU